AUGGCGUUGGGAGAUCCUAAUGAUAUGGAGCAGGUCCGCGACUGGAUAACAUAUGGACUUAGACUCAUUAGGAAGACAACGAGGCUAGACCUGUUGCUUGUAAUCCUGGUGAGAUCUCUAAUAGAGGACAUCAGAGAUGUCAGAUUCCACAAGGUUGAGACUGGAUUAGAGACGAUAUCUGGACGCACCCAUGCCGUAAAGCUCAAAAAUCUCUCUGCAAUGGAAGUGAACAUUGUCCGUCCUUUCAUGGUGAGAACUUUGCAGGCAUUCAAUAAGCAUGAUAGUCCACAGAUGAUUCAGCAAGCAGAUAAUAUAGGGAGCAGAGCAACACCAAUUACAUACCGUGGUCCAAGAGAGGCUGGACCUGUUGCUCGUAAUCCUGGUACUUGUAAUCUUGGUGUUGUAUUGAACUUGUUGUAUUGA